AUGAAUGGAACCACCAUUUCGGAGUUCAUUCUGUUGGGCUUCUCCUUCCCCCACACUUCCCAGGUCUUCCUUUUCACCCUGGUCAUGAGCUGCUACAUCAUCAUCUUUCUGGGCAACUUCUUGAUCAUGGCAACUGUGAUGUCUGAGCCCCAACUCCAACACUGCCCCAUGUAUUUCUUUCUUGCCAACCUGAGCCUGACUGACGUGGCCAUGGGUUCAGUCAUAGCCCCAAAGUUUGCACUGGAUCUGUUGAACUCUGGCCAUACGAUUUCCUAUGGAGGGUGCAUGGCCCAGCUCUUUUUCCUACAUGUCUUUGGGGGUGCAGAGAUGCUCCUUCUCACCCUCAUGGCCUAUGAUCGCUACUUGGCCAUCUGCCACCCAUUAAGGUACACAGUCAUCAUGGACCAGCAGUGUUGCCUCAGGCUUCUUAUGGGCUGCUGGAUAGGGGGCCUCAUUCAUUCUACUAUCCAGAUGAUUACAGUAGCUCAUCUACCCUUCUGUGGGCCCAAUGUCCUAGACAACUUCUACUGUGAUGUCCCACAGGUGAUCAAGCUGGCCUGCACAGACACCUAUACCUUUGACAUUCUCAUGAUACUCAACAGUAGCCUGUUAACUCUACCAUGUUUUCUGAUCUUGCUGCUUUCUUACAUCAUAAUCCUGGUCACCAUCUGUGGUCAUUUUGGGAAGGGUGAUGGCAGAAAGAUUCUAUCCACCUGUUCCUCCCAUUUGACGGUGGUCAGCCUCUUCUAUGUGCCCUGCAUCAUAGUUUAUGUGAAUCCCAACACUCAAAUGAACAAAUUGGCUUCCUUGUUCUAUGUGGUGGCCACCCCUGCCCUCAAUCCCUUUAUCUACACAUUGAGGAACCAAGAAGUAAAGGCAUCCAUGAAGAAGUUGAAGCACAAGUGUAAAUCUCUUUUGAUGCUUCAGCAGUACAGGUGUGAAAGAAACUGUUGUGUGUAA